AUGGCUACCCUCUACGAUGACGAGAAGAAGCACGACCGCGCCGUUGCGGACCUGGAUUCAGACCAUGACAGUGACAACAACACCGAGGUCAUCAAUGCUCUGCUUGCCGAAGAUAAUCAACAUGACAUCAAGCUUCGCACCAUGUCAUGGCAAAGAGCCGCUUGGUUGCUUGCUGGAGACCAAGUGUGUCUUGCCAUCAUGGCUCAAUCAUGGUCGCUUUCCGUCCUCGGAUGGGUGCCUGGCAUAAUCACAAUGCUCGUCGCUGGCACGCUCUUCUACAUCACCUCCCUGACGAUGCACAAGUUUAUUAUGAAGCAUCCGCAGAUCAAAGACAUUUGCGACUUCGGUUACUACGCUUUCGGCAAGAGCAAAAUCGCCUACGAGUUUACGGCCAUCAUGUUGCUACUGAAUAACAUCAUGCUUAUCGGUUUCCACAUCCUGACCGGCGCUAAGGUGAUCAACACUCUCUCUGAUCACUCCCUGUGCACUGUCGUCUUCUCCGUCAUUGUCACUCUCAUGGGCAUUGUCAUGUCGCUACCGAGGACCCUCAACCACAUCUCCUUCAUGUCCAUGUUUUCGGCUGCAUGCAUGGGCAUGGCUAUUUUGCUCUUUCUCAUCUUCGCCGGUAUCGAGGACGCACCGCUCUACGGCCCCAAUGGCGAUUACCCCACGCUCGGUCCUGUCAAGACCUACGCCUUCCCACCAAAGGGAACCACAUUCGUUGCUGCUAUGAACGCCGUGCUCAACAUCACCUUCCUCUGGGUUCCGCAGAUCCUGUUCCCCACCUUCAUCUCCGAGAUGGAGAGGCCCCAGGAUUUCCCCAAGGCACUCGCUGUGUUGGGAGGCAUCUCUGCCAUCCUCUUCAUCAUCCCGCCCGCGAUUGGCUUCAGAUAUCUUGGACAGUACGCCAGUGCCCCGGCUUUUGGUAGCCUGGGUCCUGUUGUGUACAAGAAGGCAUCGUUUGCCUUUGUCAUCGUGCCGACGCUGGUCAUCGGCGUCAUCUACGCCAACGUUAGCGCAAAGUUUGUGUACAACCGUAUUAUGGGUAACAGCAGGCAUGGCCACAGCAACACGGUUGUUGGGUGGGGCGUGUGGGUUGCUGUCAUGGCUGUCAUCUGGAUCAUUGGUUUUAUUUUCGCAGAAGUCAUUCCCUCCAUGGGUGACUUCCUCUCGCUGCUCGGUGCGGCUUUUGACUCGUUUUUUGGCUUCAUCUAUUUUGCCGUCGCAUACUGGCAACUCUUCAAGGGCAGGCUCUUCCGCGGUCUCAGCAGAAGCAUCCUAACGGUCAUACACAUCCUGGUCAUGUUUUGCGGCUUGUUCUUGCUUGGUCCGGGACUGUACGCUGCUGUCGAGGCCAUCAUUGACGAUUACUCUGGAUCGGUCAAGCCGGCUUUCAGUUGCGCCAACGUUGCCAUAUAG